AAUAGAAUGAGUAAAAACGUGAAUGGCAGUGAUGGCAUGUUCAAGUAUGAGGAGAUAGUCCUUGAGCGGGGCAAUUCUGGCCUGGGCUUCAGCAUUGCUGGUGGCAUCGACAACCCCCAUGUCCCCGAUGACCCUGGCAUCUUUAUUACCAAGAUUAUCCCUGGUGGAGCAGCUGCCAUGGACGGGAGGCUGGGGGUGAAUGACUGUGUGCUGCGGGUGAAUGAGGUGGAUGUGUCAGAGGUGGUGCACAGCCGGGCGGUGGAGGCACUGAAGGAGGCCGGCCCUGUGGUGCGGUUGGUGGUACGGAGGCGACAGCCCCCACCAGAGACCAUCAUGGAGGUCAACCUGCUCAAAGGGCCCAAAGGCCUGGGUUUCAGCAUUGCUGGGGGGAUUGGCAACCAGCACAUCCCAGGAGACAACAGCAUCUACAUCACCAAGAUCAUUGAGGGGGGUGCUGCUCAGAAGGAUGGACGCCUACAGAUCGGGGAUCGGCUUCUGGCGGUGAACAACACCAAUCUGCAGGAUGUGAGGCAUGAGGAAGCUGUGGCCUCGCUGAAGAACACAUCUGAUAUGGUCUAUCUGAAGGUGGCCAAGCCAGGCAGCCUCCACCUCAACGACAUGUAUGCACCCCCCGACUAUGCCAGCACAUUUACUGCCUUGGCUGACAACCACAUAAGCCAUAACUCCAGCCUGGGUUAUCUCGGGGCUGUGGAGAGCAAGGUCAGCUACCCUGCUCCUCCUCAGGUUCCCCCCGCCCGCUACUCUCCUAUCCCCAGGCACAUGCUGGCUGAGGAGGACUUCACCAGAGAGCCCCGCAAGAUCAUCCUGCACAAGGGCUCCACAGGCCUGGGCUUCAACAUCGUGGGAGGAGAGGAUGGAGAAGGCAUUUUCGUCUCCUUCAUCCUGGCAGGAGGCCCAGCUGACCUGAGUGGGGAGCUGCGCAGAGGAGACCGGAUCUUAUCGGUGAAUGGCGUGAACCUGAGGAAUGCAACUCAUGAGCAGGCUGCAGCUGCUCUGAAACGGGCUGGCCAGUCAGUCACUAUUGUGGCCCAGUACAGACCUGAAGAAUACAGUCGCUUUGAAUCGAAGAUACAUGACUUGCGAGAACAAAUGAUGAACAGCAGUAUGAGCUCUGGGUCUGGGUCCCUGCGAACGAGUGAGAAGAGGUCCUUGUAUGUCAGGGCCUUGUUUGAUUAUGACCGGACUCGGGACAGCUGCCUGCCGAGCCAAGGCCUCAGCUUCUCCUAUGGUGACAUUCUACAUGUCAUUAACGCCUCUGAUGAUGAGUGGUGGCAGGCGAGACUGGUGACCCCCCAUGGAGAAAGUGAGCAAAUUGGUGUGAUCCCCAGUAAGAAGAGGGUGGAAAAGAAAGAAAGGGCUCGAUUGAAAACCGUGAAGUUUCAUGCCAGGACGGGGAUGAUUGAGUCUAACAGGUCGAUCAAAACGAAACGUAAAAAGAGUUUCCGCCUCUCUCGAAAGUUUCCAUUUUACAAGAGCAAAGAAAACAUGGCCCAGGAGAGCAGCGUACAGGAACAGGGAGUGACAUCCAACACCAGUGACAGCGAAAGCAGUUCCAAAGGACAAGAGGAUGCUAUUUUGUCAUAUGAGCCUGUGACACGGCAAGAAAUUCACUAUGCAAGGCCUGUCAUCAUCCUGGGCCCAAUGAAGGACAGAGUCAACGAUGACCUGAUUUCGGAGUUCCCGCAUAAAUUUGGAUCCUGUGUACCACAUACUACCCGGCCUCGGCGUGAUAAUGAAGUGGAUGGGCAAGACUACCACUUUGUGGUCUCCCGAGAACAGAUGGAGAAGGAUAUUCAGGACAACAAGUUCAUCGAGGCAGGCCAAUUCAAUGAUAAUCUCUAUGGGACCAGCAUCCAGUCAGUGAGGGCAGUUGCAGAGAGGGGCAAGCACUGCAUCUUAGAUGUUUCUGGCAAUGCUAUCAAGAGGCUGCAGCAGUCACAACUUUACCCCAUUGCCAUUUUCAUCAAGCCCAAGUCUAUUGAAGCGCUUAUGGAAAUGAACCGACGGCAGACAUAUGAACAAGCAAAUAAGAUCUAUGACAAAGCCAUGAAACUGGAGCAGGAGUUUGGAGAAUACUUCACAGCCAUUGUACAGGGUGACUCACUGGAAGAGAUUUAUAACAAAAUCAAACAAAUCAUUGAGGACCAGUCUGGGCACUACAUUUGGGUCCCAUCCCCUGAAAAACUCUGAAGAAUCCCCUCCAACCAUUCUAUUGUGAACAGAAGAAAUCAAGUCCCUCUUCCCUCCUCCCUCUUCAUUCCUGUCCCCAUGGGGAGAACAGAUGACUACUGUUCUUGUCUCCUUUUUUAGAUAUGUCCAAAAAAUUGAGUUUUCUAGUCCUGUUCUGUUUUUUUAAAUUUUUGUUUUGUUUUAGUUUAUUUUUUGGGAUGAUGCCAUCUCACUCAUCAUGUGACUGCGCCCAUUCCUGCAUGGACCUUUCCCAAGCACUAGCACAGGUGCAAAUCCAUCAGAGUCAUUGUUUUCAUAAAACCAAGCAGAAGCGAAGAGAAGAGAGGAGGACUGAUGGAAAGACAGACUGGACAGCUGCGCGGCUUAUGAAGCGAGCCCCGCGCACCCCGCGAGGAGAGGCUCCCAGGCUUUGCUACGAUCUGUACACUGCCUCGCGUCUUGGGACAGCGCGGUCAUGGCGACAGAAAGUAUCUUAUUUAUAUAUAGAUAUAUAUAUGUAAUUUAUAUAAAAUAUAUAGAAAUUAUUAUAUAUAUAUAUAUUAUACACUCUCAUAUAAUAUAUAUAUAUAUUCACACGCAUUUGGACUAGAAAAUCUAUGGAGACUUCAUCAAUGGUACUGUGUUAUUAGAGAAAUGCUUUAAUUUUCAUAUUCCAAUCAGAUGGCAUCUUAUAUCCCGACUGGUUGGGGAGGGAGUGAAAGUGGUAGUAAGUGCUGUACCGAGGGCACCCGCAUUGGUCAUUCUCUUGAGAGCUGGGCUUUUCUUUAGGAGGGGUCAGCCGGAGAACGGUGAGAAAGGGCUUUGGCCUGGGGGCCAGAGGCUUGGAGCUGUGACCCUAGAGCCGAUGCUGCCCUUGGGGCACAGUCAGGCCCGCGUGUGGGGAGCGAGAGAAUGGCUAACGGUGCUCCCACCGUAUUAAAUUGCCGAUUGUUUUAUGCCACCUGAUGUGUCUGCAUGAGAGGUUUCCUUUUUGUUCAUUUUUAAGCUGCUGUUAAACCAAAACCAUGUUGUGCUACUGUGUCAGCCUUUUCAUUCUUCCAAAUUUUACUUUUACUAUUUAAGUGAAUGUGUAGAAUCCAAUUUGACCGUGUUCUAAAAGCUCAUGAUGUUCUGGAGGAGCCGGGCCUCGUGAUAGACUAGGUGACCCGGGCUUGGCCAUCCCAUCAGCGGAAAGGGAAGUGGGGGCAGGUGAGAACCGACAGGAGCUGGGCCUCCUACUGUAACGUGUCCCUUCACUCACCUGCCAGGGACAUGCUGGGCUCAGCUGAGGCCCCGUCAUGGGGCCCACUGGCAGGGACGGGGAGUCACUUGCCUUCCAGCUCUGCGCAGAGACAGUGGGACGGCCCUGAGCUUGGCCAGCCGCGUAAUGAAAAGUUUGAUUUGGGUUUUUUUCGCAGCUGCUUCAUAUGCCCUACCUACCCCAAUCCCUCACCAACAGCUGGUAGCUUACUGUUUCUUCAAGAAGAAAGUAGACUUUGAUGCUGUCAAUUUGAGCUGUAGAGCUACGAUUCACUUACUGUUGAGAUGUGAAACCUUGUUGCUUUUUCCCAGAGUCAGACGGCAGUGAUUGUGGUCAAGGGGGUUUUUCUCUGACCGCAAACGCAGGCGGCAGGUGUGGCCCGGGCCCCGCCCCACCGCACCCCACCCCACCCCACCCCACCCCACCCCACCCCACCAUGCUCCUUUGAAGCCACCAUGCCUCCCUCAGCUCCACGCUGGAGGCACGACCCAGGGGAGAAGAGCGUGGACAUGCUUGGCCCCAGGGUUGAGCCUGUUGUUUCCUAGCCCACUGUGUCACAACCGGUGCAAAGCAUACAUGUCGAAGAUGCUUUGAGCGCUACCAGCCGGACUUGGGAAGUCUGUUAACAGUUCUCCUACCAGCAUGAUGGGGCUAACUGUAAAGUGUGGGGCCCAGAAUGUGGGUAAAGAAAGGGCAGCAGCUUUACCUGCGCAGUACACUGGAUUGGAGGCAAGAGGGGUAAAGUGGUGUCCGACUAUGACUCUGGGGAGGAGGGGGUGAGCUGGGAGUGUUGUUGAUUUCUCUGAUGUUAAGUGAUGUAGUCUGAGUGAUGCUCAACCCUCUACCCCUCCCAGGGAAGAAAAGCAGAGACUCAAAGCAAGCAUGACACUAGUUGGUUUACCAGUGUUCCUUCCAAGGAGACAUAUAUUUUUUAAUAAAUGAUAGUUGCAAUGAA